UUCUAAAUGAGCCCCCACUCUCCUCCUCCACCAACACCACCCAACUUUUCCCAAUUCCUAUCAAAUAUCAAUAUAUUUAUAUUUAUAUAUAUAUACUUGAUUGAUUUUGUCUCAGUAGCUUCUUGGGGGGGUGGAGAUUGAAGCUGAUGAGUUAUAAUAUACACAGAGACAAUUAAACUUUACAUAUAUAUUAUUCUACUUACACUCAUUCCUCAUAUACUUUCACCACCCUUCUUCUGCUACUGCAAUUAAUUGCUCUUAAUAACUUGACUGCAAAAACCCAUUAUAUUAUAUUGUUUGAACUUUGAAGCUCUCCCAUUUGUCCCCCUUGGUGACCCAGAAUUGAGCAUAUAUUCAUUCUUCUUUCUUCUCAGAGGACCAAAUUAAACCAUCCAUCUUCAAGCUUAAUGGGUCUCUCCUGUACCGCAAUUCCCAGCCUUGUCCUGCUCCUCUGCUUUCAAGGUGCCAUAGCUGCAAAAUUUACAUUCGUAAACAAUUGUGAGCAAACAGUGUGGCCUGGGAUUCUGGGCACUCCGAAGCUUGACGCUACAGGGUUCGAGCUAACCAAAGGCAAUUCUCGCACAUUCCAAGCCCCAACCGGGUGGUCCGGCCGGUUCUGGGGCAGAACCGGCUGCAACUUUGACGAUUCGGGUCAAGGGUCAUGCCUCACCGGAGACUGCGGCUCAGGCCAAAUGGAGUGCAACGGCGAGGGAGCACAGCCGCCGGCGACCCUAGCUGAGUUCACCCUCGGCACCGGCUCACAGGACUUCUAUGACGUCAGCUUGGUAGACGGGUUCAAUCUCCCCAUGAUGGUGGAUGUGAGUGGCGGCGGGUCGGGUCCCUGUGCGCCCACGGGCUGUGGCGAUGACUUGAACCAAAAAUGCCCGGCGGAGCUGAGAACCGAAGGCGGCAGAGCUUGCAGAAGCGCGUGCGAUGCGUUCAAGACCCCGCAGUAUUGUUGCUCCGGCGCGUACGGAUCGCCGUCGACGUGUUCUCCUUCGGUGUACUCCCAGAUCUUCAAGUCGGUGUGCCCUAAAUCGUAUAGCUACGCGUACGAUGACACCACCAGUACUUUCACAUGUACAGACGCCGAUUACAUCAUCACAUUUUGUCCAUCAUCAUCUCCUAGUAAAAAAGGGUCGAACUCGAGUACAACAGUUGGGUCAGGAGCAGGAUCGGAGCCGGCACCGGAAUCAGGAUCCGAGGGGGCUGUGGGGACGGGGGAGACGGCGAUGCUGGCGGACGGGACGUGGUUGGCAAGUUUGGCCACCGGAGAUUCAACAACAAUUCACCCAUUUACUGCCCUUCAAUUUCUCUCUUCCAUUAUUGCUCUUGUAGUUCUACACAAUUUAUUUAUGCUAUUAUAGAAUUAUAUAUUAUAUAUUUUUCUUAUU